CCAAUGCCUCUUCCUGCGCCACUUUGCCUGCGUGCUGGAUGGAAGAGCUACAGUCAAGAGCCGCAGCUCGGGGCCGGAGUACAACAUUGCACGGGGAGCCCUGCGGAAGCAACACCUGUCUCCAGGCCGGCCAGCCAGAAGACACCAGCAGCGCCCGGACCUUGCUGCCUUUCUUGUGCCAAGGGGUGGAUGACCAGCCGGGCUGAAGCCAGGGGCAUCCGCCAAGCCUCCUCAGAACCCUGGAUAAUAGAUUUGGACGUCAAAAGUUUUUUUUUUUAAAUUAUAAACGUCCUUUUUUCUUUUGGGGGGAUUUGUCUCAGCCAGCAAAUGUGAGAUUUUCCCUUCUUUUUUUUUUCACCUCUGUGUAUGUGUGUCUUUCCUCCCGCUCCCUCCUUUGCAGGAUUCAUGCUGAUGUAUGCAGUCUGUUAUAGAGUAAAAACAGCGCAUGCCUUUCUGGAGUCAGAAUCCAUAAAAAAUCCUGGCGUUGCCUGUGCGUCUUAGAUGUAUAUAACAAUAUAUUAUAUGUACCCAACACCCUCGGUAACGGCUAGACGGUGAAGUUGCUAUGGUCGUUCUGCUCCGGAGCCGGAUGGAGAAACUACGGAUUUUUAUCCUCAUUACAGUCGGAUGGGCAGAAGAUCUCACCGCUUGCUGAGACCCGGGGAAUAUAGAUGAUCUCUCCCUUGAUAUACCUCUAGACAUCUCUCUUGUGCUUAUAAAGAUGCCCAUGUGCGAGUCCAACCUGGUGGCCUCUUAAGACUAGCAGCAGUUUGACCUUGAACCUGAAGCUGUCAAAACAGAUUACUUUUGUUGUUAUCAUUAUUAUUGGUGGAUUAAUGCGAGAAUAUCCCCCCCUCUCGAUGUAAGUGGAACUGGGAGGGGACAGUGGAGUGGAAACCCAUUUUUAAAAGGAGCCAGAGAGGAGGGGGAAAAAAGAAUAUUGGGCUUGAACACCAGCAUUACAGUCUUGCUGCAAAAAAAAAAAAAAGCGCCAACCUUCCCCCUCCCUCCCUCCCCCUCUCUCUCCUGAUGGCUCCCUUAGGUGAAGUUGGGAACUAUUUUGGUGUGCAAGAUGCGGUACCCUUUGGGAAUGUGCCUGUGUUGCCUGUGGACAGUCCGGUGUUGUUAAGCGACCACCUGGGGCAGUCUGAAGCAGGUGGGCUCCCCAGGGGGCCUGCUGUGACGGACCUGGAUCAUUUAAAAGGGAUCCUGAGGAGGAGGCAACUCUACUGCAGGACUGGAUUUCAUUUAGAAAUUUUCCCCAAUGGUACGAUCCAAGGAACCAGGCAAGACCACAGCAGAUUUGGUAUCCUGGAAUUUAUCAGUAUAGCAGUGGGCCUGGUCAGCAUCCGAGGGGUAGACAGUGGACUUUAUCUGGGAAUGAAUGAGAAAGGUGAACUGUAUGGCUCGGAAAAGUUAUCCCAGGAGUGUGUGUUCAGAGAACAAUUUGAAGAGAACUGGUAUAACACAUAUUCAUCGAACCUAUAUAAACACGUGGACACUGGAAGGCGAUAUUAUGUUGCAUUAAAUAAAGACGGGACUCCGCGAGAAGGGACUAGGACUAAACGUCAUCAAAAGUUCACACAUUUUUUACCUAGACCAGUGGACCCUGAGAAAGUCCCCGAACUAUAUAAGGAUAUUUUAAGCCAAAGUUGACAAAGACGUUUCCUUCACUUGAGCCCUUAAAAAAAAAAAAAGUAACCACUAUAAAGGUUUCAUGCGGUGGGUUCUUAAUUGAUUAGCUGUGUCAUCACAUCAGCUCCACUGUUGCCAAACUUUGUCGCAUGCAUAAUAUAUGAUGGAGGCUUGGAUGGAAAAAAAUGCUGAUUUUGCUCUGCACUUAAAAGGGUUUGUCUUUCUGGAAGAGAGCCCGUGCCCACUUGCUUGAUUUUAUUGCGAGAGGAGGAAGGAAGAGGGUGAGAAUGUGUGAGAGUGAGCAAGAGGAUGAAAGGGAGCUGAAGCAGGAAGGAAGGGGGGGAAAAGGCCUGAUGCAUGCUGGGAAAUAGAGAUGCUUUUAAAUUUUUUGAUCUGUUGUACUUCAUCCUAUUAUCAGCGUAGCUGCCAUAACUUUGUCUCAUCAGGAAUUUUGGCUGGUGGCCUGCUCAAAUGUAUGCUGUUUUUUUUUUAAGAAAAAGAAAUAGGCAUGGAGGAGAGUACGGUGUGACGUACAAUGACGACAACAACAAGAAAAGAGAGGCUUGAGGGGGGGGGGGUUCGGUUCGACUGCUCGAAUGGGGAGUCGCCCCUCGCUGAGUUUAAAGCAAGGACCUCUUAGCAAAAUAAGAAAAGAUUUAAAAAAAAAUAAAAAUAAAAAAUAAAUAAAGGUUAAAAUUUAUUUAUAGAAAUUCCAAAGGCAACAUUUUAUUUAUUUUAUAUAUUUAUUUAUUAUAUAGAGUUUAUUUUUAAUGAAAUACGUGUACAGGCCAGAUAGGCAGUUUGGAAGCUUUAGGCUCUGUGAUGCAUUUCAACGGCGAGGGCCGCGAUGAACCUGUGACAAUGGGGGGAAAAUCUCAUACAAGUCAAGCAUAAAUGGUGCAUGGAGACAGAGGAAAAAAAAUCUAAUGUACUAAAGGCGACAAUCUCUUUUGUGCCCAUAUUAUUGUAAAAGUAUGCACACCGAUCACGACGAGUUCUCACUCUUCUUCUGACUGCUUGUUUCCUAGCUUAAAGUUCCCCACUCUUCCUUCCCUCCCUCCCCUCCCCCGAGGAUUAAAGAUAAAACUGGGUCUUCAAAACUUUAAUUCUGUGUCUGUAAUAUUUCCUCUGCGAUAAGUGACUUAUUUCCAUCUUGUAAGCUUCACGGUUCCAUCUUGUAAGCUUCACGGAGAUGGACUCUGGUCUGAUCCAGCAGGCUAGUUCUUCUUAUGUUGUGGAAGAAGAGAAAAAAAAAAACCCCACAAGAAAACAGGGGUUGGUAUAUAGUCUACUUGUUAAAACCUAGUGCAGAUUAUACCAAAGCUACAUGAUAAAUAUGCUCUUUUUAUUUACGCAGAAUGCCAGGAACAUCCUAAUAUUGACAUUUUGUACUAAUUAAGGUUCUCACAACUAGAACAAGAGGGCCAGGUUCGCUCUUGUAAACUUGUUUAAUUGUGCACUUGACUAUCUACUCUGACAUUAUACAAGUUCCAUAGGGGUUAUUAUUGUACCACCUUUUUAUGGAAAGAAUUGCUUUCAGUGUGAACUGUCAUAAUACAUAUUAGCACCCUUCUUAAAGUAAGACUCUUGCAAAAUGAAACUAAUAAAUCUCUGUUGAGAAUUUCAA